CAAGCAGUCACUGGAAGGCAAGUGCUAAGACUAAAGGCUUAUUUGCAUUUUAUUUAAAUUUGAUGGACUCAGAUUUGGACAGAUUUCAUGGCAGAAAAAUAUAUUCCAUUUUCUAGGCACAACUGCUGGCUGUCAGAGACUUGCUGCCUUUGAAUCCUGCGGCAGCAUCACCAACCCCGUCCUAGACGUAUUUCCAAAUUUGAACAUCCACCCCGAAACAGGUGUUUGGGAGGCCCCAACGUGAUAUGACUUAGCCUGGAGAGGGAGUGCUAGGUUGUUUAUCUAGACCAGCCAAGCUCUGGAGAGCAGUGUUGAAUCCCUGGGAAGACAGAGCAUGGGGCGUGCUGAUUUAAAAACAGAAAAUGCAAAGUUGGACCGAAAAUAUCCCGAGUCUUCCAAGCAAUCUGCUUAAGGGUUCCAAACUUACCUUCAUUCGGUGAGAAAAAAAGAAAAGCUGCCCUAUUUUUCUGUUGUCUUCUACAACUGGAACCAGCCAUUUCCCCAAAACCACCACCAUGGAGGUGGCGAUGGUGAGUGCGGAGAGCUCAGGGUGCAACAGUCACAUGCCUUACGGGUACGCGGCCCAGGCCCGGGCCCGGGAGCGGGAGCGGCUGGCUCACUCCCGGGCCGCCGCCGCCGCCGCCGUCGCCGCCGCCACAGCUGCCGUGGAAGGCAGCGGGGGCUCCCACCACCACCACCACCACCACCAGUCCCACGGCGCCUGCACCUCGCAUGACCCCCAGGGCAGCCGGCGUAGUCGGAGGAGGAGGCGACAGCUGCCCGAGAGAAAGAAAGUCCACCCGCGGCAGAGCAGCUUCCCCCACUGCGCCGACCUGAUGCCCAGCGGCUCGGAGGAGAAGAUCCUGAGGGAGCUGAGUGAGGACGAGGAGGAGGACGAGGAGGAGGACGAGGACGAGGAGGAGGAGGGCAGGUUUUACUACAGCGACGACGACCACGGGGACGAAUGCUCCUACACCGACCUGCUGCCCCAGGAGGAUGCGGGCGGCUACAGCUCGGGCCGCUCCAGCGAGUGCUGCGAGCGGGUGGUGAUCAACGUGUCGGGCCUGCGCUUCGAGACCCAGAUGAAGACGCUGGCCCAGUUUCCCGAGACCCUGCUGGGGGACCCUGAGAAGAGGACUCAGUACUUUGACCCUUUGCGCAACGAGUACUUUUUCGACAGGAACCGGCCGAGCUUCGAUGCCAUCUUGUACUACUACCAGUCGGGAGGCCGCCUGAAGAGGCCGGUCAACGUGCCCUUUGACAUCUUCACCGAGGAGGUGAAGUUCUACCAGCUGGGGGAGGAGGCCCUGCUCAAGUUCCGGGAGGACGAGGGCUUUGUGAGGGAGGAGGAGGACAGGGCCUUGCCGGAGAACGAAUUCAAGAAGCAGAUCUGGCUCCUCUUCGAGUAUCCCGAGAGCUCCGGGCCGGCAAGGGGCAUAGCCAUCGUCUCCGUCCUGGUCAUCUUGAUCUCCAUCGUCAUCUUCUGCCUGGAAACCUUGCCCGAGUUUAGGGACGACAGGGAUCUCAUCAUGGCUCUGAGUGGGGGCGGGCUCAGGGGGGUGUUGAAUGACACCUCGGCACCCGCCCCGGAGAGCUCAGGGCACACGAUAUUCAACGACCCCUUCUUCAUCGUGGAGACGGUCUGUAUCGUUUGGUUUUCCUUUGAGUUCGUGGUUCGCUGCUUCGCCUGUCCCAGCCAAGCACUCUUCUUCAAAAACAUCAUGAACAUCAUUGACAUUGUCUCCAUUUUGCCUUACUUCAUCACCCUGGGCACCGAUCUGGCCCAGCAGCAGGGGGGUGGCAAUGGUCAGCAGCAGCAGGCCAUGUCCUUCGCCAUCCUCAGGAUCAUUCGUUUGGUCCGAGUGUUCCGGAUCUUCAAGCUCUCCAGGCACUCCAAAGGCCUGCAGAUCCUGGGCCACACCCUCAGGGCCAGCAUGCGGGAGCUGGGCCUUCUGAUCUUCUUCCUCUUCAUCGGGGUCAUCCUGUUUUCCAGCGCUGUGUACUUUGCGGAGGCGGAUGAACCGACCACCCAUUUCCAAAGCAUCCCAGAUGCGUUUUGGUGGGCCGUGGUGACCAUGACAACUGUGGGCUAUGGGGACAUGAAGCCCAUCACUGUGGGGGGCAAGAUUGUGGGGUCCCUGUGUGCCAUUGCGGGUGUCUUAACCAUUGCUUUGCCAGUACCAGUGAUUGUCUCUAACUUUAACUAUUUCUACCACAGAGAGACUGAAAAUGAGGAACAGACACAGCUGACACAGAAUGCAGUCAGUUGCCCAUACCUCCCUUCUAAUUUGCUGAAGAAAUUUCGGAGCUCUACUUCUUCCUCCCUGGGAGACAAGUCAGAGUAUCUAGAGAUGGAAGAAGGAGUUAAGGAAUCUCUGUGUGCCAAGGAGAAGUGUCAGGGAAAGGGAGAUGACAGUGAGACAGAUAAAAACAACUGUUCCAACGCGAAGGCUGUGGAGACCGAUGUGUGACUCCUGUUCUCUGACCGUACUGCCCCCUCGCCCCCAAGCCCAGCAUCUCCAAAUAUAUUUAUGCAUAGAGAGUGCAGUUAUGAAAAUGAAAUAUGCAAAUGAGCCCAACGCAUACAGUAGUACACCGUUUAAUGGUUAUACGUGGCAUAAUUGUUACAAACUUGUAUUACAUAUCAAAUAAAUGAUACAU